GUUUGAGUUGUGGAGCCUCUGCCGGUGCUUCUUCUACUGCUACUGCUUCGCAACUUUGCAUGCACAUCUGUAAGGCUGAGUGUCCAGUCAGUGGGUGCUAUUGCAUAACAUGCUUUUCAGCUUCAUUGUGCUGUUUGUCCCUCCUUUACUCCUGCUGUCUUUGGAGCUGACCCCAUCUAGAGCUUACUUAAACACUGAAGACGAUGACCUGCAUCAGGUGGUCCCAUAUGUUUUAAAAAGAGAAGAAGUUCCUCAGAAACUGUUAACAGGGUCCUUCUUUACAGACAGCACCAGGCACCGGAGACCGCGCUCCUUGUCUGAGGCAGCAGGCCAGCAGAAUAAUGCUGUUCAGGAACAAGAGGCUGAACUGUUUCUUUGGCUGCCUGCCUUUGGGAAGGAUCUGUAUCUACACCUUCAGCGAGAUGCAGGAUUUCUUGCGAACAGCUUCGUUGUUGAGGAGCGGGGAAGUGGCAGCAGUAGCCCGAGCUGGGGCUCCACACCUUCAGAUCAGCUGUGUUUUUACAGAGGACAUGUCCUUUCCCACAACAACUCAUUCGCAUCUGUCAGCACCUGCAGGGGACUGAUUGGCUUUAUCCAAACUGAUGAAGAUCACAUGUUCAUAGAACCAGUAAACAUAUCUCAGGGUACAUUUCAUGGACAGGAACACAAGGUUAUUAGGCAAAAGCGAUCAUCAGAAGAAAGGCCACAAGUCAUUUCUAAAGCACCCAUUGAACACUGUGAGGUGGUUUCAGGCAAAAAGAGUCAGAAAAAUACAAAUACUACAGAAGAUCAUCGAGGAAGAAGAAAUGCCAUUCAUGUAACCAAUGAUUAUACCAUUGAAACACUGAUUGUGGCUGAUGCAGACAUGGUUCAAUAUCACGGAGCAGAGGCUGCAAAAAGAUUCCUUCUCACAGUAAUGAACAUGGUGUACAACAUGUUUCAGCAUCCCACUCUAGGAGUCAAAAUUAACAUCCGAGUGACCAAGCUUGUCCUGCUUCACAAUCGUCCAGAGAAACUUUCUAUCACACACCAUGGAGAGAGAUCUCUGCAGAGCUUCUGUCACUGGCAGCAUGAAGAGUAUGGAGGUGGAAAAUAUCUUGGAAAUAACCAGGUCCCCGGAGGGAAGGAUGAUGCUACCCCUGUGGAUACUGCUGUCUUUGUUACCAGGACAGAUUUCUGUGUACAUAAGGAUGAACCCUGUGACACCGUGGGAAUUGCCUAUUUGGGAGGGGUAUGCAGUGCUAAAAGAAAAUGCGUGCUUGCAGAAGACAAUGGGCUGAGCCUGGCAUUCACAAUAGCACAUGAACUUGGUCACAACAUAGGGAUGAGCCAUGAUGACGACCAUCCAGAAUGUUCUGAAAAAUCCCAUAUAAUGUCUGGAGAGUGGGUAAAGGGUAGGAACCCAGGUGAUCUUUCAUGGUCAUCUUGUAGUCAUGAUGAUCUAGCAAACUUCCUAAGGUCAAAGAUCAGUGAAUGCUUAUUACAUAUGGAUCCCAGGAGUCACAAUGCAGUACGUCUUCCUGCCAAGCUGCCAGGCAUGCAUUAUACCGCUGAUGAGCAGUGCCAGAUUCUGUUUGGCACUAAUGCAACUUUCUGUAAAAAUAUGGAGCAUCUGAUGUGUGCUGGAUUGUGGUGUCUUGUGGAAGGGGAUACAUCUUGUAAAACAAAGCUGGACCCUCCCUUGGAUGGUACGGAAUGCGGAGCAGACAAGUGGUGUCGAGCAGGAGAAUGUGUUAGCAAGACUCCCCUCCCGGAACAUGUUGACGGAGACUGGAGCACUUGGACAUCAUGGAGCAUGUGCAGUAGAACUUGUGGAACUGGUGCCAAGUUCAGACAAAGGAAAUGUGACAACCCCCCCCCAGGGUUAGGAGGAAAGAAUUGCCUGGGAGCAAAUGUGGAGCACAAAGUCUGUGAAAAUGUGCCCUGUGCAAAUGGAGUGCCAACAUUCCGAGAUCAGCAGUGCCAGUCACAGGACAGAGGAACCAGCAAGGACACCAAUCUUUGGGCUGGUGCAGUAAGUGAUGAAAAACCUUGUGCACUCUUCUGCUCUCCCGUUGGCAAAGACACUCCAGUUUUAGUGGCUGAGAAGGUACUCGAUGGUACUCCAUGUGGACCUUAUGAGACUGAUUUAUGUGUUAACGGCAAGUGUCAGAAAAUUGGCUGUGACGGAAUCAUUGGCUCGGAGGCAAAAGAAGAUCGUUGUGGUGUGUGCAAUGGAGACGGCAAAUCAUGUAAGAUUGUAAAGGGAGAUUUUAACCACACGAGAGGAACAGUACGCAGUACUCACUGUAAGAGAGUUUCCACUUGUGUGAUGUCAAAGACAAAGAUGGUUCCGAAAUGCUUUUCGUGCUAUAUUGAAGCAGCUGUGAUCCCAGUAGGUGCUCGUCGCAUUAGAGUGGUUGAGGACAAGCCAGCUCACAGCUUUUUGGCUUUAAAGGAUGCUUCAAAAAGAUCCAUCAACAGUGACUGGAAAAUUGAGCUUCCAGGAGAGUUUCAGAUUGCUGGAACUACAGUUCGGUAUGUGCGCAGGGGACUGUGGGAGAAAAUGUCUGCCAAGGGACCAACCAAAACACCACUUCAUUUAAUGGUGCUGCUUUUUCAUGAUCAGAAUUAUGGUAUACAUUAUGAAUACACCAUUCCAGUAAAUUCCUCAGUUGAUAAGACCAAAGUGGGAAAACAAAUGGAGCCGUUGUACAUCUGGACCCACAGUGGCUGGGACACCUGCAGCUUGCAAUGUGGAGGAGGUGAAAGAAAGACCAUUGUUUUGUGUUCUAAGAUUGUGAACAAGACCAUGACCCUGGCAAAUGAUAGCUUUUGUCAUCAGGAGUCACGACCCCUGCCCCAAGUUAGAAAAUGCAACAUCCAUCCUUGUCAGUCACGAUGGGAAACUGGAAGUUGGGGUCCUUGCUCUUCCUCAUGUGGGAAAGGACAGCAGCGUCGUGAAGUGAUUUGUAUUCAUCAGCUACAAAAUGGCACCUAUGUCAACACAAGAGAUACCUACUGUGCUGGUACCAAGCCAACUUCAGUUCAGAACUGUGAAGGUCGUGACUGCAUUUCAGUCUGGGAAGCAUCCGAAUGGUCAAAGUGUUCGACUGACUGUGGCAGAGGCACUCGUCAUCGAGUUGUAACAUGCCGAACAGUACAGGGGAAAUGUGAUGCCACAACGAGGCCAAAAGAUAAAGAAGACUGUGAAAAUUACACCGACUGUUAUGAAUGGAAAACGGGUGAAUGGUCCAAGUGUUCAUCCACAUGUGGAAAAGGCCUGCAGUCACGAGUAGUUCAGUGUAUGCACAAAGUUACCGGUCGUCAUGGUGAUGAGUGUCUUGAUACAGACAAACCACCAGCCUACAGGCAAUGCCAUCAGGAAACCUGCAAUGAAAAAAUCAAUGUCAAUACAAUUACAUCACCAAGACUUGCUGCCCUUACAUACAAGUGCACUGGUGAUCAAUGGACAGUCUACUGCCGAGUGGUACAAGAAAAGGACCUGUGUCAGGACAUGCGAUGGUAUCAACGUUGCUGCCAGACCUGCAGAGACUUUUAUGCCAAGAAAAUGUCACAUAUGAGUUAAUGAUGUCAGCAUUACCACCUAGAGUAUUUCAAAUGUGUGUGCACCAAGUCUGGAACACGUGGACAUGGACACUGGAAUCAGUAACAAGCAUGAUUACGGAGUAAAUUCCAAAGUGCAAGGAACAAGACUUGAAGAAACCGCUGAAAACUUGACUGUUCUGCUGAGAACUCAGCUAUUUCAUUUUUAAAAGAAAUCAUCUCAUGGUGUAUAUUAUAUGGGGUUUCUACAUGCCUGUCACCCUCUUCUGUCUGUUGAUAACAUUGCCAAGUUUAAUCCAUUACUGCUGUAUCUGCUGGUUGGCUAGUGAUUAUAAGACAAAACCAUGGCCUAACCUAUACAUCUCUGAAGGCACUUGUGAACUUCUGUACACACAAUGGAAACAAGAUAUAAAAAGGUAUCUAAUGACUUCUAAGUUCUUUAAGUGCUUGUAGAAAUCCCAUAAAGAAGCAUAUCUGUUAGUGGCAGGUACGAAGUAAAUAUGUGAGCUGGCUUUAAUACUGUCUGAGUUAGGAGCCAUGCACUGAGAAAUAUAGUGCUGUUAAAAUACCCUUAAAUGUAGCAGAGAAGAAAUAUUUUAAGCAAGUCAUUAUUAGAACAUGUACUGAAUCACCCAGGUCCAUUUAUUUUUUAUCUCAGUGGUGCUUUUUAAGUUUUGUGUUUAUACUUAUUAGAGAAAUAUAGUAUUUUCUGAGUCAGAUGUGUGUUAACCACUUGUUCUAGGUUAGAAUGUGUCACAUAUAUAUAUUUUUUUCAUAUAGUUCGAUGCUAGUAUUUAUAGAAACAUCACACUGUUCUGUAGUUUGCCAAAGAAAAAAAAAAACUUUACCAAAUGUUCUUCUUUUCUUCUAAGACAAUAUUUAUAAUGUUUGCAUCUGUCUCAUAUACUAAAGAAAUGCACUAUUUUGGCAGACAAGCACACAGCAUGCGCAGCACAGAACACAAUAUAACAUUAAUAGUCAAUGUCAUCCCACUUACUUGUUAAAUAAUAUGCUUUAUCUGAGGUUUGACUUAUAUUACAUUUUAUAUUGAAAUAACCAGAAUAGCCUCAAUGUUUUACUAAACAUUUAUUUGUCUUAUCGAAGAAAUAAUGCUGCCCUGCAGCUAACUUUUCAGUCAUCACAUUGUAAUUAGCAGUAAUUUUUCAUUUUAUGUGGCUCAGUAUGUUAGCAUCACAACAUGGACGACAUGAAGUUAAGAGCUGUGGCAAUAUAGCAAAACUGCAUAACUUUUUAAGGAAAACAGUGAAGAAGCUUCUGAAUUUAUUAUUUUUUUUUUUUUGGAAUGAUCUCGUGGACCUGAUUUUAUGUUCUUUAAAGCUUAAGUCGUACUGGUAAAGUGCUAAUUACUUUUGCUGAGCCACUGAAAACACUUUUUUCUGUUGAAUUGUACUCUUCCAUAUCAGUGGUUAAUUAGACUUUCUUCUACCUUGUAGGUCUUUGAAUUAACAAUAUUCAUUUUAGGCUUAAUGUAUUAGCUGGAAAAUGUAUUCGGAUGUUUGACACUUCAGAGAAGAAAAAAAGUAAUUUUUGCAAGCUCCAAGUAUCCAGUUAUUUUGAAUUAAUCUGUAAGAGUGACAGGUUAUUGGGGUUACAAGCUAUAAUAAAACAAUUCCCAGUCUUCUGAGUUCACAGCUGGAAAAUGGAUAUUAGUGCAGCAGCACUUAUAUGCCAUUUACUUCCAUGUGUUGUUUUUUUUGUUGUUGAUUGCUUGUACUUAGCAUUUAUAAAUAAGGACAUAAGUAGAAAGUAUCAAAACUGAAAGACUACAGUGUGGUCAAAAAGAAUUAGGAAUAGAUUUUUGACUUAGCAGCAUUCCAUGCAAAAAUGCUUGUUUUCAUUUUAUUUUUAAAUUUGUUUUUACCCUCCACUCACACAUUAACCUCAGAGACUUUGGUAACCCACAUCACUUAUUUACUCUGCUUAUGCUGGCAGUUACCCCAUUUCAUCCUACAAGGUUUCCCUCUUUCUAGUACAGAUGUUGUCUUAGUGACACCCCAGUCUGGAGGGAAUGGUUGGAGGGCUUUUGGAGAUGAAAUACUUAUGAUUUGAUAGGAUGCAUUGGCCUUGCAGGCUGACCUACGCAGAGACUUGGCUUUAACACAGCAUAUAAGCAGGUGUCCUGAUGCCUUAAACAUGUCUAUUUGGAGUACCUACCUGAACUUUAGCUACUUAAUAUCAAACUUAGGCUUAAAGCAACAAAAAUUAGCAGUGUGAGGGAAGCUCAUUCUGGUCACAGGUCUACAAGGCACUUGUAUUUCGACCAUUUCUCCCCACAACAUUUGCCCCAUGCUCUAUUUCCAUUUAUGAAAUGAGUAAGUGAAGUUCUUUAAUCUGACUGGUUCUUCUUUGAACAUUAGUCUGAUGGAUAGGAAAACAAACACCUGACUACAAACCCAUACCAGUUACUGUCAUUUAAUUCACAAAGAUGAUCUUCCACCAAAAACACUGCUGUACUUUUAACAGAUGUUUAAGGCAGGCUGUAAAAUAAAACCGCCUUGAAAAGAAAUGAAAGAAGAAUGUUUUAUUUUAUAUGCUGCCAUAAUAAACAUUCUUUCUCUACUCACAUAAGCUAAAAUUGUGACUAUUUGCAAAUUCUCUUACAAUUUCUUGAAUGGCACUUGAAAGUCUGUCGCCCCUACACUAUCCUAUUAAUCAGAUGAAAGUUCUGCUUGGCAAACUGCUAACUGACCGAGUCUCUAUGCUUUGGAAUGGCCUUUGUAUCCAGUAAGCUGCAUUCUGUCUGUGUAAAAGUAAAGAGAAUGAGGACUUCAUGUAUUCAAUGGCCAACAUAACAUUCUAACAUUCUGUACCUUCAAGAGGAAAUGAAUGAAGUCCCCCCCCC